CCCCUCUAGCGAAGCGCCACAGUGCCGGACGAUGUGGGAUUAGGAGUUAUGUCAUAGCCACCAAAGGACUGCUUCCGCCCACCAGCGUGUCUGCAGCAUGAGCACAUCCUUGUUAGAGAUACUGAAAUCAAAAUUCCUCGAGCACAUACGAUCAGUCGAUCCACCAGGCAAAUGGAAGAUACUCGUGGUCGACGAGCACUCCCAGAGGCUGUUAUCGUCCGUUUUAAAGACUUAUGACAUCUUGGCGGAAAAUGUUACUCUCAUCGAAGCAAUUAACUCUCAUCGGACGGUUCAGACUCAGGAGGCCAUGUACUUGCUUACAUCCACUACAGCAAACGUCGAAAGAAUUAUAGCAGAUUUCUCCGAUGGACGUAAGCAGUACGGGGGAGCGCACGUCUUCUUCUUGGAUGGAUUGGAGGAGUCCCUUUGUCAGCGCCUGCUGGCUUCGCCGGCCGCACCGCACCUAAAACAACUUGUCGACAUAUUUCUUAACCUGAAUCCAUCUGAAGCAAGAUACUUCAACUUGAACAUCCCUUCCAUGUUCUUCAGCUUCUACAGCCCACCUCGAGACCCAACGAAGUUGCGCACUCGUCUGAAAAAACUGGACUGUGACCUACGAUUUGUCGCUAAAACUCUUCUCAAUUUGUGCAUUACUUUGAAUGAGAAUCCCCUUAUACGAUACUACCAAGCACCGAAUCACGGGCCUCUUGGGCCCCUCCUCGAAUCACAGCCACCUGGUGUACCUGUUCCACCUCCCACAACUGAGCCAAUUCAGACUGGGCUGCGCUGGGCUAGAGCUGCCGUUACUCGUGACUCCAGUGCUAAUGUUACUGUUCCCUCUGGAGAUCAGCUUCCAAAGAAGCUGGCUUUCAUAUUACAGAGUGAACUAGACGAUUAUCGCAGUUCGAAUCCAGAAUGGCCUAAACCCGAUGGGACAAAUCGGCCUCGCGGAACUAUAAUCAUCACAGAUCGUACUAUGGAUACAAUCGUGCCUUUCAUCCACGAAUUCACAUACCAGGCAAUGGCGAAUGAUCUGCUCCGCAUUGAGAAUGGCCGUGCUUAUAGCUACAAGUUCCAGACGGCGGUGGGGAAGUACGAGAACCAGACAGCUGUCCUGUCUGAUGCAGACACGGUAUGGACCCAGGUCCGGCACAUGCACAUGGGUGAAGCUAUUGAGAGGCUCCGAAGCGAUUUCAACCAAUUUCUGCAAGAGCAUGCUGGGUUCAAAGGAGGUGAAGGUGCAACUACUUUGAAUGACAUGAAAGAUAUGCUGGCAAGCUUGCCGCAAUACCAAGAAAUGCGAGAGAAAUUUUCGCUGCAUCUCACAAUGGCACAAGAGUGCAUGGAUAUCUUCGAGAAAAGGGAUCUUAAGAAGAUUGCUAAUGUUGAGCAACAAUGUGCGACCGGCGAGACGGUGGAGGGGAAAACACCAAAGAAGCUCGUGGAGGAAAUGGUGCCGCUGCUUUAUGAUCCUCAAGUCAGCAACCGUGACAAAGUACGAAUCAUUGCGCUCUACCUCAUGCAUCGGGAUGGUGCACCAGAAGAAGACCUAAGGCGACUAUUCCAACAUGCAAAACUACAUCUAUCCGAGCAGGACGCUAUUAGAAGCCUAGUUAAAUUAGGAGUGCGACUCUAUCGUGGACCAGGCGAUAAAGACACUCGAAAAGUGAAAUUCAAACCCAUUAAAUCCGAUGAUGAAUACGAGCUUAGCAGAUACAAACCCCUUUUACAACAUAUGCUGACUGAGCAUGUUGCUAGCACACUUGACCAAACAGCCUUCCCAUACGUGCGUGAUGGUCCCACUUCCCUUGCUUCCUCUCUCGCGGUGCAAGAAACCCGAAUACGCGUCCCUAGCGUCACUUCUGCUUCUUCUGGAAGCUCAGCAGGGCCGACAUCUCUGAGAUCUGGGAAGAGAACUUGGAAUCGGCAACCUAGGACCGUUGCAGCAGCUGGUGGCUCUGCAGCGCCAGAGAAGGAAAAGGAACCUGUUCGACAGAGAAUAAUCGUGUUUGUGGCUGGCGGGCUGACUUAUCCAGAGCUGCGAGUGGCGUAUGAAGUUGGUUCGAAUUUGAAUAGGGACAUCUAUAUCGGUUCAACACACUCAAUCACUCCUGAAGGUUUUGUGGACGAUCUGAAAGUCCUUGAGAUAGAGGGAGUUGGCUCAGCUGCACUGCCGAAUGGGUUACCGAACGUUUCCCCAGCCGAGUAUCAAGACUUUUAUGAUAAGAAAUACUUCACACCAGAUCCGCCGCCACUAAAGCCAACGCACACUGCCGCAGGUGGGGGCCAUCGGCCUGCCCUUCUGAACAAUGGAAAGAACGGAGGCCUGCAGCCUCCUGCCUUCCCCAGUCCUGCGAACAGUAUGAGCAGCGGGAGGAGCGGAAAUGUGCACAAGGAAAGGAAAGAAAAGGAGGAGAAGGAUAAGGAUAAAGAUAAGAAGAAGGGUUCUUUCAUUUCUAACCGUAGACCAGGUGUAAGGUUGUUAGGAUUCGAAUUUCACAGCAGAUGCCUGUUUUGACAAGGUGCGAUGUUGACUCAAGGGCAUUAUUUACUUCCUCAAAUU